GUAAAAUUCUGUCAGGCGCCAUUUUGAUUAAAGCAUUCGGCGCAGGUCCCACGGAUAACGCUAUCAGAAAUCUACGUUGUUUAAAUUAAACUAUUCUUGGCUGAAUUUGUAGUUUAUUGACUCAGAGCCAUUUUAAAGGACAUCUGAGUGAAAAUGGCCACUGGAGCGAAUGCAACUCCCCUCGGGAAGUUGCACCCCAGUAUUGGUGCUAAACGCGGGUUUGACGCAGGGCCUGGUGCUGGCAACGGGUUGAUGCCAACUCCGGCACCUCCUGGGACUUUCCCUUCUCUCCAGAAUUACCCGGGUACUAUGCCGAGCACUGCUUUCUCUCCAGCGCACCAAUUUAGUCCAGGGACAGGUUUUUCGACCCAGGCUCCUCCACAACAAGGAGUGAUAUCCGGAAUGGCUAAAACGGAUUUUGGCCAAAAGAAAAGGAAAAAGAGCCGAUGGAGCAGUGAGACACCAGAUCAGAAGACGGUCAUCCCAGGAAUGCCCACUGUCAUUCCCCCUGGACUGACCCGAGACCAGGAAAGAGCUUAUAUAGUCCAACUGCAGAUUGAAGACCUGACUCGUAAACUGCGUACAGGAGACCUGGGAAUCCCUGUUAACCCUGAGGACAGGUCUCCUUCUCCAGAGCCCAUCUACAACAGUGAGGGCAAAAGGCUGAACACCCGCGAGUAUCGCACUAGGAAGAAGAUUGAGGAGGAGCGCCACUCCCUCAUCACAGAAAUGAUUGCUCUCAACCCCGACUUCAAGCCUCCAGCUGACUACAAGCCUCCAGCCACCAGAGUGAGCGACAAAGUUAUGAUCCCCCAAGAUGAAUACCCUGAAAUUAACUUUGUGGGUUUGCUCAUUGGGCCUCGUGGCAACACUCUGAAGAACAUUGAGAAAGAAUGCUGUGCUAAGAUCAUGAUCAGAGGAAAAGGUUCUGUGAAGGAAGGGAAAGUCGGCCGUAAAGAUGGCCAGAUGCUGCCUGGUGAGGAUGAGCCGCUGCACGCCCUGGUCACUGCCAACACCAUGGAGAACGUCAAGAAGGCUGUGGAACAGAUUCGUAACAUCCUGAAGCAGGGCAUCGAGACGCCUGAGGAUCAGAACGACCUGAGAAAGAUGCAGCUGAGGGAGCUGGCCAGGCUCAACGGCACCCUGAGGGAGGACGAUAACAGGAUCCUCCGUCCCUGGCAGAACUCCGAGCCCCGCAGCAUCACCAACACCACCCUCUGUACCAAAUGUGGAGGAGCUGGUCACAUUUCUUCUGACUGCAAGUACACAAGCACCUUUGCAGGCCAGAGAGCAACAGGUGGAGAGCCGCCCCAGUCGGCCCAGGACAAGGCCCGUAUGGACAAGGAGUAUCUGUCCCUCAUGGCAGAGCUGGGGGAGGCCCCGGUGCCAUCUUCAGGAGGAGGACACUCCAGUGGUCCAGCAGGAGCCCCCCGAAGCUCUGGACCUAACAGCAACCAGCCUCCUCCGAACCGGCCGCCCUGGAUGAGCUCUGGUCCCACUGAGAACAGGAACUAUCCUGGCAUGGGAGGGCCCACAGGGCCUGGAGGUCCUCAGAGCUUCCCUCCUCCUAUGCACAACAUGGGAGGACCACCUAUGCCUCCCAACCCUAAUGGCAUGCCUCCACCCUGGAUGCAGCCCCCUCCACCUCCAAUGGGCCAGGGACCAGCUCCUCACGGACACCCCAUGGGUCUGCUGCCACCUCCCAUGAGUAUAAUGCCACCUCCACCACCUCCUCCUGGCAACCAGCCCCCUCCUCCUCCUUCUGCUCCUCUGCCACCAUGGCAGCAGCAGGCUCCACCCCCACCUCCUACUAGCAGCAUGGCAACAAGUACACCUCUACCUUGGCAACAGAAUACCACCACCACCUCCAGCCCCGGCUCUGGCAGCCUGCCGCCAUGGCAACAGCCCCAACAGCCUGCGGUGUCUGCAGCCCAGCCGCCGCUACCCAUGGGAACCCAGUCCAUGGUACCACCUCCCCCUGGAGUGCAGCCCCCGCUGCCCCCUGGAGCCCCCCCACCACCACCUCCUCCACCUCCAGGCUCAACCGGCAUGAUGUAUGCCCCCCCACCACCACCACCACCCAUGGACCCUUCUAACUUUGUCACCAUGAUGGGCAUGGGGGUACCUGGCAUGCCCCCCUUCGGCAUGCCCCCAGCCCCCCCUCCACCCCCUCCACAGAACUAAUCCUGCCACAGAAAAGUUUUCACACCCCCUGCUGAACAUUAUGCACCAGCUAUCAACUGACUGAUGCUUCAUCCUGAACGUCCAAGUACUCAAAAGAAAAAUGUACAAGCUCUAAUUUUAUUGGUCCUUUGUUUUGUUGCAGAAGCAACAGAGUUCUGUUCAUACAGAUUGUAAAGUUGUGGAGUUUAGUUUAUUCUCUGUUUUUAAAAUUGGAACACGGGUUUUUGUGUGGAUGUGAGCACAGGUUCCACCAAGCAGAUGUGUCAACUUUGCUGCUGUUAGUCAUCUUUCUCUGCUGAAUCCAUCAGACCGGGUUCUGCAAUCAAACUUCCUCUAGUUUCAACUUGCAUGGUUCACCUGAGACGCCUCAUACUCUGAAGUGACAAGUCUAUAUUUCUGUCCUGGCUUUGAGCUGAAUAAGAUGAAUAUUUUUGUAAUAAGUGAAGUGUAUGUUACUUGUGUAGACCGUUUGUAGUUCUGAGUGGUUCUGAACAGGAAGGAGAGUCCGGUGUUUUGAUGUUUGGUUCCAUGGUGGUGUGAUGUGGCGUCCUGCUAACGUCCAGCUGUCUGAGAACGUUCUCUGUUCAGCAGCUCUGCUCUGACGACAAUGUUCACUGUCUUUCUGUCGCUUUUGCAAAGACCUGAAUGUUUUUGUCCCUCAGGUUGAUGGAGGAAUUUUUUUUAUUUUUUUUUGUUUCUGGCAUAACUCUGUGCUGAAUGAAAACCUGUUGAAACCCUGCUUGGUUUAGUAAUAAACUUAUCAAAGUAA